AUGCCAUUCUCCCGCUUUCCAUCACCCCGCCCCAUUCUUCCUCCUUCCAUCACCCCGCCCCAUUCUCCCGCUUUCCAUCAGCCCACCCCAUUCUCCCGCUUUCCAUCACCCCGCCCCAUUCUCCCGCUUUCCAUCACCCCGCCCCAUUCUCCCGCUUUCCAUCACCCCGCCCCAUUCUCCCGCUUUCCAUCACCCCGCCCGGUUCUCCCGCUUUCCAUCACCCCGCCUUUCCAUCACCCAGCCCCAUUCUUCUGCUUUCUAUCACCCCGCCCCAUUCUCCCGCUUUCCAUCACCCUGCCCCAUUCACCCACUUUCCAUCACCCGCCCCAUUCUCCCGCUUUCCAUCACCCCGCCCCAUUCUCCCACUUUCCAUCACCCCGCCCCAUUCUCCCGCUUUUCAUCACCCCGCCCCAUUCUCCCGCUUUCCAACACCCCGGCCCAUUCUCUCGCUCUCCAUCACCCCGCCCCCUUCUUCCUCCUUCCAUCACCCCGCCCCGUUCUCCCUCCUUCCUUCACCCCGCCCCAUUCUCCCGCUUUCCAUCACCCUGCCCCAUUCUUCUCUUUCCAUCACCCCGCACCAUUCUCCCGCUUUCCAUCACCCUGCCCCAUUCUCCCGCUUUCCAUCACCCUGCGCCAUUCUUCCGCUUUCCAUCACCCCGCCCCCUUCUCCCUCCUUCCAUCACCCCGCCCCAUUCUCCCUCCUUCCAUCACCCCGCCCCAUUCUCCCGCUUUCCAUCACCCCGCCCCAUUCUCCCGCUUUCCAUCACCCUGCCCCAUUCUCCCACUUUUCAUCACCGUGCCCCAUUCUCCCGCUUUCCAUCACCCUAUGCCAUUCUCCUGCUUUCCAUCACCCCGCCCCAUUCUCCCUCGUUCCAUCACCCCGCCCCAUUCUCCCGCUUUCCAUCAGCCCACCCCAUUCUCCUGCUUUCCAUCACUCCGCCCCAUUCUCCCGCUUUCCAUCACCCCGCCCCAUUCUCCCGCUUUCCAUCACCUUGUCCCAUUCUCCCGCUUUCCAUCACCCCGCCCCGUUCUCCCGCUUUCCAUCACCCCGCGUCAUUCUCCCGCUUUCCCUCACCCCGCCCCAUUUCCCCGCUUUCCAUCACCCCGCCCCAUUCUCCCGCUUGCCAUCACCUCGCCCCAUUCUCCCGCAUUCCAUCACCCAGCCCCAUUCUUCUGCUUUCUAUCACCCCGCCCCAUUCUCUCGCUUUCCAUCACCCUGCCCCAUUCACCCGCUUUCCAUCACCCGCCCCAUUCUCCCGCUUUCCAUCACCCCGCCCCAUUCUCCCACUUUCCAUCACCCCGCCCCAUUCUCCCGCUUUCCAACACCCCGGCCCAUUCUCUCGCUUUCCAUCACCCCGCCCCCUUCUUCCUCCUUCCAUCACCCCGCCCCGUUCUCCCUCCUUCCUCCACCCCGCCCCAUUCUCCCGCUUUCCAUCACCCUGCCCCAUUCUCCCGCUUUCCAUCACCCCGCACCAAUCUCCCGCUUUCCAUCACCCCGCCCCAUUCUCCCGCUUUCCAUCACCCCGCCCCAUUCUCCCGCUUUCCAUCACCCUGCCCCAUUCUCCCGCUUUCCAUCUCCCCGCCCCAUUCUCCCGCUUUCCAUCACCCUGCCCCAAUCUCCCGCUUUCCAUCACCCCGCCCCAUUCUCCCUCCUUCCAUCACCCCGCCCCAUUCUCCCGCUUUCCAUCACCUCGCUCCAUUCUCCCGCUUUCCAUAACCCCGCCCCAUUCUCCCUCCUUUCAUCACCCGCCCCAUUCUCCCUCCUUCCAUCACCCCGCCCCAUUCUCCCUCCUUCCAUCACCUCGCCCCAUUCUCCCACUUUCCAUCGGCCCGCCCCAUUCUCCCGCUUUCCAUCACCCCCCCCAUUCUCCCGCUUUCCAUCACCCCGCCCCAUUCACCUGCUUUCCAUCACCCGCCCCAUUCUCCCGCUUUCCAUCACCCCGCCCCAUUCUCCCGCUUUCCAUCACCCCGCCCCAUUCUCCCGCUUUCCAUCACCCCGCCCCAUUCUCCCGCUUUCCAUCACCCCGCCCCAUUUUCCCGCUUUCUAUCACCCUGCCCCAUUCUCACGCUUUCCAUCACCCUGCCCCAAUCUCCCGCUUUCCAUCACCCCGCCCCAUUCUCCCGCUUUCCAUCAGCCCACCCCAUUCUCCCGCUUUCCAUCACCCCGCCCCAUUCUCCCGCUUUCCAUCACCCUGCCCCAUUCUCCCGCUUUCCAUCACCCCGCCCCAUUCUCCCGCUUUUCAUCACCGUGCCCCAUUCUCCUGCUUUCCAUCACCCUAUGCCAUUCUCCCGCUUUCCAACACCCUGGCCCAUUCUCUCGCUUUCCAUCACCCCGCCCCCUUCUUCCUCCUUCCAUCACCCCGCCCCGUUCUCCCUCCUUCCUUCACCCCGCCCCAUUCUCCCGCUUUCCAUCACCCUGCCCCAUUCUCCCGCUUUCCAUCACCCCGCACCAUUCUCCCGCUUUCCAUCACCCCGCCCCAUUCUCCCGCUUUCCAUCACCCCGCCCCAUUCUCCCGCUUUCCAUCACCUUGCCCCAUUCUCCUGCUUUCCAUCUCCUUGCCCCAUUCUCCCGCUUUCCAUCAUCUUGCCCCAAUCUCCCGCUUUUCAUCACCCCGCCCCAUUCUCCCUCCUUCCAUCACCCCGCCCCAUUCUCCCGCUUUCCAUCUGCCCACCCCAUUCUCCCGCUUUCCAUCACCCCGCCCCAUUCUCCCGCUUUCCAUCACCCCGCCCCAUUCUCCCGCUUUCCAUCACCCCGCACCAUUCUCCCGCUUUUCAUCACCGUGCCCCAUUCUCCCGCUUUCCAUCACCCUAUGCCAUUCUCCCGCUUUCCAUCACCCCGCCCCAUUCUCCCUCGUUCCAUCACCCCACCCCAUUCUCCUGCUUUCCAUCACCCCGCCCCAUUCUCCCGCUUUCGAUCACCCCGCCCCAUUCUCCCGCUUUCCGUCACCCCGCCCCAUUCUCCCGCUUUCCAUCACCCCGCCCCGUUCUCCCGCUUUCCAUCACCCCGCGUCAUUCUCCCGCUUUCCCUCACCCCGCCCCAUUUCCCCGCUUUCCAUCACCCCGCCCCAUUCUCCCGCUUUCCAUCACCCCGCCCCAUUCUCCCGCUUGCCAUCACCUCGCCCCAUUCUCCCGCUUUCCAUCACCCAGCCCCAUUCUUCUGCUUUCUAUCACCCCGCCCCAUUCUCCCGCUUUCCAUCACCCUGCCCCAUUCACCCGCUUUCCAUCACCCGCCCCAUUCUCCCGCUUUCCAUCACCCCGCCCCAUUCUCCCACUUUCCAUCACCCCGCCCUAUUCUCCGGCUUUUCAUCACCCCGCCCCAUUCUCCCGCUUUCCAACACCACGGCCCAUUCUCUCGCUUUCCAUCACCCCGCCCUCUUCUUCCUCCUUCCAUCACCCGGCCCCGUUCUCCCUCCUUCCUUCUCCCCGCCCCAUUCUCCCGCUUUCCAUCACCCUGCCCAUUCUCCCGCUUUCCAUCACCCUGCACCAUUCUCCCGCUUUCCAUCACCCCGCCCCAUUCUCCCGCUUUCCAUCACCCCGCCCCAUUCUCCCGCUUUCCAUCACCCUGCCCCAUUCUCCCGCUUUCCAUCUCCCCGCCCCAUUCUCCCGCUUUCCAUCACCCUGCCCCAAUCUCCCGCUUUCCAUCACCCCGCCCCAUUCUCCCUCCUUCCAUCACCCCGCCCCAUUCUCCCGCUUUCCAUCACCUCGCCCCAUUCUCCCGCUUUCCAUAACCCCGCCCCAUUCUCCCUCCUUUCAUCACCCGCCCCAUUCUUCCUCCUUCCAUCACCCCGCCCCAUUCUCCCUCCUUCCAUCACCCCGCCCCAUUCUCCCACUUUCCAUCGGCCCGCCCCAUUCUCCCGCUUUCCAUCACCCCCCCCAUUCUCCCGCUUUCCAUCACCCCGCCCCACUCUCCCGUUUUCCAUCACCCUGCCCCAUUCUCCCGCUUUCCAUCAACCCACCCCAUUCUCCCGCUUUCCAUCACCCCGUCCCAUUCUCCCGCUUUCCAUCACCCUGGCCCAUUCUCCCUCCUUCCAUCACCCCGCCUCAUUCUACCUCCUUCCAUCACCCCGCCCCAUUCUCCCGCUUUCCAUCACCUCGCCCCAUUCUCCCGCUUUCCAUCACCCGGCCCCAUUCUUCUGCUUUCCAUCACCCCGCCCCAUUCUCCCGCUUUCCAUCACCCCGCCCCAUUCACCUGCUUUCCAUCACCCGCCCCAUUCUCCCGCUUUCCAUCACCCCGCCCCAUUCUCCCGCUUUCCAUCACCCCGCCCCAUUCUCCCGCUUUCCAUCACCCCGCCCCAUUCUCCCGCUUUCCAUCACCCCGCCCCAUUUUCCCGCUUUCUAUCACCCUGCCCCAUUCUCACGCUUUCCAUCACCCUGCCCCAAUCUCCCGCUUUCCAUCACCCCGCCCCAUUCUCCCGCUUUCCAUCAGCCCACCCCAUUCUCCCGCUUUCCAUCACCCCGCCCCAUUCUCCCGCUUUCCAUCACCCCGCCCCAUUCUCCCGCUUUCCAUCACCCCGCCCCAUUCUCCCGCUUUUCAUCACCGUGCCCCAUUCUCCUGCUUUCCAUCACCCUAUGCCAUUCUCCCGCUUUCCAACACCCUGGCCCAUUCUCUCGCUUUCCAUCACCCCGCCCCCUUCUUCCUCCUUCCAUCACCCCGCCCCGUUCUCCCUCCUUCCUUCACCCCGCCCCAUUCUCCCGCUUUCCAUCACCCUGCCCCAUUCUCCCGCUUUCCAUCACCCCGCACCAUUCUCCCGCUUUCCAUCACCCCGCCCCAUUCUCCCGCUUUCCAUCACCCCGCCCCAUUCUCCCGCUUUCCAUCACCCUGCCCCAUUCUCCCGCUUUCCAUCUCCUUGCCCCAUUCUCCCGCUUUCCAUCAUCUUGCCCCAAUCUCCCGCUUUUCAUCACCCCGCCCCAUUCUCCCUCCUUCCAUCACCCCGCCCCAUUCUCCCGCUUUCCAUCUGCCCACCCCAUUCUCCCGCUUUCCAUCACCCCGCCCCAUUCUCCCGCUUUCCAUCACCCCGCCCCAUUCUCCCGCUUUCCAUCACCCCGCACCAUUCUCCCGCUUUUCAUCACCGUGCCCCAUUCUCCCGCUUUCCAUCACCCUAUGCCAUUCUCCCGCUUUCCAUCACCCCGCCCCAUUCUCCCUCGUUCCAUCACCCCGCCCCAUUCUCCCGCUUUCCAUCAGCCCACCCCAUUCUCCUGCUUUCCAUCACCCCGCCCCAUUCUCCCGCUUUCGAUCACCCCGCCCCAUUCUCCCGCUUUCCAUCACCCCGCCCCAUUCUCCCGCUUUCCAUCACCUGGCCCUUUCUCCCGCUUUCCAUCACCCCGCGUCAUUCUCCCGCUUUCCCUCACCCCGCCCCAUUUCCCCGCUUUCCAUCACCCCGCCCCAUUCUCCCGCUUUCCAUCACCCCGCCCCAUUCUCCCGCUUGCCAUCACCUCGCCCCAUUCUCCCGCUUUCCAUCACCCAGCCCCAUUCUUCUGCUUUCUAUCACCCCGCCCCAUUCUCCCGCUUUCCAUCACCCUGCCCCAUUCACCCGCUUUCCAUCACCCGCCCCAUUCUCCCGCUUUCCAUCACCCCGCCCCAUUCUCCCACUUUCCAUCACCCCGCCCUAUUCUCCGGCUUUUCAUCACCCCGCCCCAUUCUCCCGCUUUCCAACACCACGGCCCAUUCUCUCGCUUUCCAUCACCCCGCCCUCUUCUUCCUCCUUCCAUCACCCGGCCCCGUUCUCCCUCCUUCCUUCUCCCCGCCCCAUUCUCCCGCUUUCCAUCACCUUGCCCAUUCUCCCGCUUUCCAUCACCCUGCACCAUUCUCCCGCUUUCCAUCACCCCGCCCCAUUCUCCCGCUUUCCAUCACCCCGCCCCAUUCUCCCGCUUUCCAUCACCCUGCCAAAUUCUCCCGCUUUCCAUCUCCCCGCCCCAUUCUCCCGCUUUCCAUCACCCUGCCCCAAUCUCCCGCUUUCCAUCACCCCGCCCCAUUCUCCCUCCUUCCAUCACCCCGCCCCAUUCGCCCGCUUUCCAUCACCUCGCCCCAUUCUCCCGCUUUCCAUAACCCCGCCCCAUUCUCCCUCCUUUCAUCACCCGCCCCAUUCUCCCUCCUUCCAUCACCCCGCCCCAUUCUCCCUCCUUCCAUCACCCCGCCCCAUUCUCCCACUUUCCAUCGGCCCGCCCCAUUCUCCCGCUUUCCAUCACCCCCCCCAUUCUCCCGCUUUCCAUCACCCCGCCCCACUCUCCCCCCACCCAAUUCUCCUGCUUUCGAUCACCCCGCCCCAUUCUCCCGCUUUCCAUCACCCCGCCCCAUUCUCCCGCUUUCCAUCACCCUGCCCCAUUCUCCCGCUUUCCAUCUCCCCGCCCCAUUCUCCCGCUUUCCAUCACCCCGCCCCAUUCUCCCGCUUUCCAUCUCCCCGCCCCAUUUUCCCUCCUUCCAUCACCCCACCUCAUUCUACCUCCUUCCAUCACCCCGCCCCAUGCUCCCGCUUUCCAUCACCCCGCCCCAUUCUCCCGCUUUCCAUCACCCCGCCUUAUUCUCCCUCCUUCCAUCACCCCGCCCCAUUCUCCCGCUUUCCAUCACACCGCCCCAUUCUCCCGCUUUCCAUCACCGCGCCCCAUUCUCCCGCUUUCCAUCACCCCGCCCCAUUCUCCCGCUUUCCAUCACCCCGCCACAUUCUCCCUCCUUCCAUCACCCCGCCCCAUUCUCCCGCUUUCCAUCACCCCGCCCCAUUCUCCCUCCUUCCAUCACCCCGCCCCAUUCUCCCGCUUUACAUCACCCCGCGCUAUUCUCCCUCCUUCCAUCACCCCGCCCCAUUCUCCCGCUUUCCAUCACCCCACCCCAUUCUCCCGCUUCCCAUAACCCCACCUCAUUCUCUCGCUUUCUAUCACCCCGCCACAUUCUCCCGCUUUCCAUCACCCCGCCCCAUUCUCCUUCCUUCCAUCACCCCGCCCCAUUCUCCCGCUUUCCAUCACCCCGCCCCAUUCUCCCGCUUUCCAUCUUGCCACCCCCUUCUCCCUCUUUCCAUCACCCCGCCCCAUUCUCCCUCCUUCCAUCACCACGCCCCAUUCUCCUGCUUUCCAUCAGCCCGCCCCUUUCUCCCGCUUUCCAUCUCCCUGCCCCAUUCUCCCGCUUUCCAUCAACCCGCCCCAUUCUCCCGCUUCCCAUCAUCCCGCCCCAUUCCCCCGCUUUCCAUCACCCCUACCCAUUUUCCCUCCUUCUAUCACCCCGCCCCAUUCUCCCGCUUUCCAUUACCCGCCCCAUUCUCCCGCUUUCCAUCACCUUGCCCCAUCUCCCGCUUUCCAUCACCCCGCCCUAUUCUUCUGCUUUCCAUCACCCCGCCGCAUUCUCCUGCUUUCCAUCACCCCGCCCCAUUCACCCACUUUCCAUCACCCGCCCCAUUCACCCACUUUCCAUCACCUCACCCCAUUCUCCCACUUUCCAUCACCCCGCCCCAUUCUCCCGCUUUUCAUCACCCCGCCCCAUUCUCCCGCUUUCCAACACCCCGCCCCAUUCUCCCGCUUUCCAUCACCCCGCUCCAUUCUCCCGCUUUCCAUCACCCCGCCCCAUUCUCCUGCUUUCCAUCACCCCGGCCCAUUCUCCCUAUUUCCAUCACCCCGCUCCAUUCUCCCACUUUCCAUCACCCCGCCCCAUUCUCCCGCUUUCCGUCACCCCGCCCCAUUCUCCCGCUUUCCAUCACCCGGCCCCAUUCUCUCUCUUUCCAUCACCCCGCCCCAGUCUCCCUCUUUCCAUCACCCCGCCCCAUUCUCCCUCUUUCCAUCACCCCGCCCCAAUCUCCUGCUUUCCGUCACCCCGCCCCAUUCUCCCACUUUCCAUCACCCCGCCCCAUUCUCCCGCUUUCCAUCACCCCGGCCCAUUCUCCCGCUUUCCAUCACCCUGCCCCAUUCUCCCGCUUUCCAUUACCCCGCCCCAUUCUCCCGCUUUCCAUCACCCCGCCCCAUUCUCCCGCUUUCCAUCACCUCGCCCCAUUCUCAAGCUUUCCAUCACCCCGCCCCAUUCUCCUGCUUUCCAUCACCCCGCCCCAUUCUCCCGCUUUUCAUCACUCCGCCCCAUUCUCCCGCUUUCCAUCACCCCGCCCCAUUCUCCUGCUUUCCAUCACACCGCCCUAUUCUCCCGCUUUCCACCACCCCGCCCCAUUCUCCCGCUUUCCAUCACCCCGGCCCAUUCUCCCUAUUUCCAUCACCCCGCUCCAUUCUCCCACUUUCCAUCACCCCGCCCCAUUCUCCCGCUUUCCGUCACCCCGCCCCAUUCUCCCGCUUUCCAUCACCCCGCCCCAUUCUCUCUCUUUCCAUCACCCCGCCCUAGUCUCCCUCUUUCCAUCACCCCGCCCCAUUCUCCCUCUUUCCAUCACCCCGCCCCAUUCUCCCUCUUUCCAUCACCCCGCCCCAUCCUCCCUAUUUCCAUCACCCCGCCCUAUUCUUCCGCUUUCCAUCACCCCGCCCCAUUCUCCAGCUUACCAUCACCCCGCCCCAUUCUCCAGCUUUCCAUCACCCCGCCCCAUUCUCCCGCUUCCAAUCACCCCGCCCCAUUCUCCCGCUUUCCACCACCCUGCCCCAUUCUCCCGCUUUCCAUCACCCUGCCCCAUUCUCCCGCUUUCCAUCACCCCGCCCCAUUCCUCGCUUUCCAUCACCCCGCCCCAUUCUCCCGCAUUCCAUCACCCCACCCCAUUCUCCUGCUUUCCAUCACCCCGCUCCAUUCACAAGCUAUCCAUCACCCCGCCCCAUUCUCCCGCUUUCCAUCACCCCGCCCCAUUCUCCCGCUUUCCAUCACCCCGCCCCAUUCUCCCGCUUUCCAUCACCCCGCCCCAUUCUCCCGCUUUCCAUCACCCCGCCCCAUUCUCCCGCUUUCCAUCACCCUGCCCCAUUCUCCCGCUUUCCAUCACCCCGCCACAUUCUCCCGCUUUCCAUCACCCCGCCCCAUUCUCAAGCUUUCCAUCACCCCGCCCCAUUCUCCUGCUUUCCAUCACCCCGCCCCAUUCUCCCGCUUUUCAUCACCCCGCCCCAUUCUCCCGCUUUCCAUCACCCCGCCCCAUUCUCCUGCUUUCCAUCACCCCGCCCUAUUCUCCCGCUUUCCAUCACCCCGCCCCAUUCUCCCGCUUUCCAUCACCCCGUCCCAUUCUCCCUCUUUUCAUCACCCCGCCCCAUUCUCCCUCUUUCCACCACCCCGCCCCAUUCUCCCGCUUUCCAUCACCCCGGCCCAUUCUCCCUAUUUCCAUCACCCCGCUCCAUUCUCCCACUUUCCAUCACCCCGCCCCAUUCUCCCGCUUUUCGUCACCCCGCCCCAUUCUCCCGCUUUCCAUCACCCCGCCCCAUUCUCUCUCUUGCCAUCACCCCACCCCAUUCUCCCUCUUUCCAUCACCCCGCCCCAUUCUCCCUCUUUCCAUCACCCCGCCCCAUCCUCCCUAUUUCCAUCACCCCGCCCCAUUCUUCCGCUUUCCAUCACCCGGCCCCAUUCUCCAGCUUUCCAUCACCCCGCCCCAUUCUCCCGCUUUCCAUCACCCCGCCCCAUUCUCCAGCUUUCCAUCACCCCGCCCCAUUCUCCCGCUUUAUAUCACCCCGCCCCAUUCUCCCGCUUUCCAUCACCCCGCCCCAUUCUCCUGCUUUCCAUCACCCCGCCACAUUCUCCCGCUUUCCAUCACCCCGCCCCAUUCUCCCGCUUUCCAUCACCCCGCCCCAUUCUCCCGCUUUCCAUCACCCCGCCCCAUUCUUCCGCUUUCCAUCAUCCCGCCCCAUUCACCCCGCCCCAUUCUCCCUCUUUCCAUCAACCCGCCCCAUUCUCCCGCUUUUCAUCACCCUGCCCCAUUCUCCCUCUUUCCAUCACCCCGCCCCAUUCUCCCUCUUUCCAUCAGCCCGCCCCAUUCUCCCGCUUUUCUUCACCCCUGUUAG